AUGAUCUUCGCAGGUGACAGUGGUGGUGGUUUGUAUAUGAAGGCCAACAUUAAAUGGUUUAUUAAAGGAAUCGUUUCUUCUUCACUCCUCACGGAUGAAGGAAUGUGUGACGUUGAAAGUUAUUCGAUCUUCACUGAUGUUGCGAAAUUUUCAAACUGGAUAGCUAAGGAAAUGGACAUUGAAACUGAUAUGACGUGCAAGUUUGUUUUAGAAGAAGGUACAAAGUAUACCUGCUGGCCAGAAGAGCUCGUCAUUCAGCAGCCUAACGUUAAGAUAUCUGUAAUGUUUGGAUUUCAUUUAAGCCAACACAACAACAACGACGUGAAAGAGUUUUUUGUCCGAUACCAAAAGACAUCACAUUUGCCACAUGGAAUUCCAGAACUCUUCCCAAACCUUAGAAGCUAUUUUGCACAUAAAACAAAUUUGAAGCACAUUCAAAGAAGUGAUUUCAGCGGUUUUCAAUUUUUGACAAAUAUUGAAAUUGCUUACAACGAACUUGGUAAUAUUCCAGGAGACACCUUUUAUGAUGUUCCAGGUUUAAAAAAACUACUUCUUCAAGAUAAUCAGAUCCUUUCAUUUGACGUCGAUUUGUUCAUCAAAAGCCCAAAUUUAGAAAUAUUUUAUGCUUACAGGAAUCAAAUUGAAUAUCUCGAUGGUCGACUUUUCAGGAAAAAUUUCAAUUUGGAGGAAAUUCACAUGGACUAUAACCAAUUUAAGAUCAUCGACUUGGAUUUGUUUACACCAUUGAGGAAGUUGAGAUUAGUCAACUUUCGUCACAACACUUGCAUUUCGGAACAUUUUCCUAAUUCGAAAGAUUUCGAAAGCUUUAAAGCAAUAAUUGCGACAAGUUGUAGCAUCUAA